GCCAAGGCGAAACUUCAAAUAGCUGGGCUACUUGUUUUUACGGUGCUUCAUGUUCGACAUACAUGUUCCCAACCUCAGGUUUCUUUCAAGAGUUGCUGUGCCCGGCGUUUAGCGAGGGAAACUGCGAUAGACCAUAUUGUCAUUUCAAUCAUAUUGAUGGGCAAAAUGUUUCUGAGGGAAACGUUCUACCUAUUACGAAAUCGUGUAAGCCCUCUGUUGAUCCUGUAUAUAAACCAACCCCUAUCAGUAUUUUGGAAAAAAGGAAUGAAAAUUCACAGAAAAAUGACGAUUGUUCGCAAAUUGCUUAUGAUGAAUCCAUUCCUGUUUAUCAACCAACUCCAAUAAGUGAAUUGGAAAAAUAUGCACCUAAUUCGUUGUCUGGCUAUGGAUUUUCUAAGGGAUUUAUCCCACAAGAUCAACCAUCAUAUUCUCCUGUAGUAAAAAUAAAAUCUACGGCAUCGCCUUCUCCAUUUCUAUAUCAACCUUCUCCUGUGGUUACAGAAUCAUCCGCCCCUUCAUUUUCCAAAGAAGUUAUUGACAUUAAUGUAGACUCGGAUGAGGAUGCUCCUGCUUCAGUUAUUGUUGAAGAUAAUCCUAGUGAUUUGAAAACUGUAUCUGUGACUGAAAAUGUCCAGAAUUCACGGGCGGAUAAGCUAACAACUAAUGCAUUACCUAUACAUAGUGGAAAAUCGAAGCGUAGAGUGAAGCCUCUCAAAAACAAAGAAAUAGCUAUUCCCAGUGAACUAAAUAUCACUCAAACUAGUGACAGAAAGUCUGCGGAUACUAUAAACAAAGACAAUGAAGAUGAUGAAAACUGCACACUGUCUAAACGUCAAAAAAUCUUAUCUCUUUAUCAAGACUUGUAUGGUGAUACUGAUAAAGAUAGCUCAAUGAACAAAAGCAGUCUUCCUAAAAAUGUUUCAAAGUCUUCUUCACUUAUUCCACCAUAUAUGGGCCCAGUUUUGAAAAAGCCUGAGCUGACAAGUAUGGAUAAAAAGAGUGACAAUGUUGUUACUUCAGGAAAUGUACAACAUGAAUAUAUUGCAAGACCUCGUAUUCCACUACGCAAAAGUGAUAAAAUUCCUAUGCCAAUUAGAACUCGCUAUUUAGAUCAAUUCAUUGAAGAGUGUCUUUUAAUAUAUGACCAUCCCUCUGAUGCAUACAAGCGUGCUCUGGAAGAUGAACAAGCUUGUCAUGAUAAAGCCGCUAGUCGAAUGGCUUAUUUGAAUGCUGUAAUCCAACGACUAAAAUCUUUAAAAUCAGAAAAAACGUCUAUACAAUUAGGUGAGAAAUCAAAAGUUUCAUCCAGUCUAACAGCAGUUACACAUGCUACAAUCCCGAAUUCACGCAUGUCUGUUUCUUACGAUUCAAAUAAUAUUUCUAAGAAAGAUGAUGCUGAAGAAAAGCUUGACUGUUUGGUUAAAGGACCUCUUCUGUAUAGCCAAUUAACAUCUUACUUAUUAUCAGAGGAAGAUUUGUCAGCAAAUGGUUAUCCUCUUGAAUUGAUAGAAAAUGACACAGUUGUUCGAGGAAAAGCUGCUCUAUGUUUACCAGAAAAUAAGCAUCAAUUAUAUGGUGAUUGUCAGUCUAACGAACGAGUGUGUUGUCGUUGUGGUACACGAUUUCUUGUUGAUGAAUAUGGUUACUCCUUAACUAAAGGUGAAUGCGUCUACCAUUGGGGUAAAGCUGUGAAACAGCGAAUCUCAUGUGUGUAUCGUUUCCGAUGUUUGUCGAUUACCUUCUUUAACAAAGUAGUUUCCGAAAUGUCUAGUCGGUUAUUGACAGGUGGAGAAUGCCCCCAGGGUGUCUUGGAUGUUGUUGAAGGUGCUAUUGGUUAUCUUGCUUUAUCGGUUGGAUAUACAUCUAUUGAAUAUGCAGCAUUGAGAGUGCUUUCAAAUCUUUUCUUUUCUUUUACAGAAGACCUAGCUGUUUCCUCACUAAUGAAUGCUGAAAGCAGUGGGAGAACUUCAAUCCUUUUGAGUGAUAUUGUGCUUGGAUUAAUAGAUUUGGGAUUUGAUGUUUCAGGUCUUAAUGAAAUUCCCCGUAAACGCAUGUAUAGAGGAUGUAAAGAACCUGUCAGUAUCGGAAGUUCCCCCAAAAAAGGUGUGGUAUGUGCUGCAGUCUUGGGUCCAGGAGGAACAACAAUUAUUCCUCGACCGUUGUCACUACGUCCUAAUUGGUCUGGAAAUCCACGUUUUGGUGGGAUAGGAACUACAUCUUCGUUAAACACAGGUGUAAGCCAAGGUAUUUCAGAUCAGUCACCAUAUUCUUUGCCACCUCCUGCUCCUGCUCAUUUACAACUUCCUAUAUUGCCGGAACCGCACACGUUUAUGGAAACACGUGUUAGACGAGCUCCGAUUGCUUCUGACCCCUCUUCAUUACGCCGCCGCGUCGUUGAACAACGUCGUAAAGUUCAGCAGUCAUUAAUUCGGUUCCUGGGUCGCGUCCAACCCGUCCAAUAUCUUUUUCCGGGUGAUGCUGAGUCAUUCAUGUUGAUCACUCCAAAAGAAUCACCUCGUCCAUAUUUAUCAGCUCUGCUUGCUAGCGUACCCAACGAUUGUGAUAUGAAGAUAAUGUCAAUGUCAGGUAACAAAGAUGAACAAAAUCUUGUGAAAUCUAAGUCAAAUGCUACUUUAAAUAGUAAUCACAAUCAAUCUCCAGAAUCAAAAAAUCCAUUCUUACUAAAACCGAAAUUUCCUGAAUACUGA